AAGUUUUUAUUCAAACGCUCUACUACAGUCCAACUAAACGGUUCAAAACUAGAAAAAAAAUAACGGAAAUUUAAAAGUGUAACUAUUUGAAAAGGAAAAUAAAAUCUUUCGCAAUUGAAAGCGAUCAAUAUGAGUCUAAAUUUAAAUAUUUUGAAAAUUUUGGCAAUAUUAAUUGUCGGCUCGACUGCGGUGUGUAGUGCCAAUCAACCUUCUUAUCAAGUAUCGCUUUAUGUACAUUUGCAUCCACGUGGACCACCCGUACAUUUGUGCAAUGGCGUGAUUGUUCAAAGUCGUUUGAUUUUGACCACAGCUUCAUGUGUUCAUUAUAAAUUUUCCUACAGCAAUAGUCCGGUCAUACCCAUUGUUCCCAGCAUGAUUAGUGUUAUUAGUGGCAGUUCGACGACAUUUAGGGAAGAAUUAAUUUUACAAGUUGCCGAAAUUUUUGUGGCGGAUAAUUUCAAUUAUACUACAGGUGAAAAUGAUUUGGCGGUAUUGCGCUUAAAGGGUAUAUUACCACUAGACACACGCAGUGAUAUGAGUUGGAUUACCUUAGCUGAUGAUGAGGAUUUUGAGGGCUCUUGUUUGGCGAAUUUCUAUGUACGAAAUUCUCUCAAUGGCGCCCCAAAUUAUAUACAAAGUGAACAAUUGCCCUUAUUAGAUUCUGAAGCAUGUGGAGCUACUUCUCAAUAUCCCAAUGAACGUGAAAAUGAUAUUUGUUCAUUAUAUUAUCUACCAGCGGGUUUCAAUUGUAAUGCAGUUGAAACCUUGCAAAAUUACAAUGGCGAUCGUGGUACCGGUUUAGUUUGUGGUAAUAAAUUAAUGGGUAUAUUAUCAACUAUUUUGCCUUUGCAAAAUAAAACCGAUUGUCUGGAGAAACCCUUUAAAGCAUAUUAUACCGCAAUUAUACCAAAUAUAGGUUGGAUUUUUGAUGUCAUUACCGAAGAAGAUUUGAAUAUGUUAAAUGAGGGAGAAUAUAUCUCUUCAUCUCCCUAUGCUGGGGAAACAAAUGCCUUUGUAGAACCACAAGUAACAGAACCUGUACCCACUUUAGCUUACAGUGAACCAGCUAAUUUAACAGUUCCCACUGAAUCUUCAGCUCAACACAGUGCAUCUGAAAAUGUUAAAGGAAAUUUCAAAUUCUUAUUAUUGAUUUUUGGAAUUUAUUUUAUUACACAAGUUUUAAAAUGCUAACUGUAGUCAUUAUGUAGUCAUAUACUGUAAUCAUUUAUAAAGUAAAUUUUUAUAGUGUUAUAGACAAAAAACUAACAAUUAAAUUUAAUAUUGGCUUAUGAACACAAAUCAAGAAGGCUGUAUAAUAUUUACUAUUAGUUUAAGUUAUUUAAAUAUAAUAUUUUGUAAUUAUUUAUCUAAUA